GUGGCCCGCUUUUCAGUCGGUGGAACCCAGGCCGACCCGGAAGUACCUGUGAAGGUCCAGCUAAGACCCGUCCCUACCUGAUUCCCUCCUCUGCUGGCCUGCGCCCUGCUUCCGUCUCUUCUGCGCGGGCAUGCUCCAUAUCUAUCCCUUUUCCCCCGCUAUAUUCCGGAGCUCUCAAGGAAGAAGACGCUAACCUGGCCACGCAUGUACAGUGAGAGAACCGAGGUCACGCGCUUCGUUAGAUCUUCUCCAGUCGGAGUCCUAGCUCGCGCGGGAGCCCCAGACUAGCCCCGUAUUGGUCGGCGAGCUGAUGGCACAUGCUCCGUGACGGAACGUUUCCCUCCCUCCCCUCCCACUCCGCCCCCAUAAUCACCCGCGCGCUCCUCGUCUGCCGUGUUCGCUGGAGUAAUGAAGGUUGGCCCAGGGUCACCCGGCGCGUCGGCCCCUCCGGCGGCCUCGUAACCGUCCUCGUUUGCCCCACUCCAGGCCUCCCCCCAGACUCUGACGGAGCCCUGACUGAAAGCCCCGCUUAUUUUCUGACGUAAUUUAGUUCCUCAAACUUUUUCUCAAGCGCCUCCGAGCCAGAUUGGGACCUCCAGAGACCAGCCUCUCCACCCCACCCCCCACCCCCCCAUCCACCCCAGGGAGAAUUAAUCAGCUCAGCUUUGGGACUUUGGUUGGGGACUGAGCUGUGAUGAUUGCUGGCACUCAAGAUGGAUUUUUUAGUUCUUUUCCUGAUUUACUUGGUGUGUGUUCUGACUAGUGUUUUACUGCUCUGCGUAUAUUCCAAAAGGACCCAUACCUUGGCAGGAGAAAUCCUUACAGAUGGAUCACAGGUAUUUUCACGAUUUAUUCCAGGGUGGCUACAAAGAGCUAUGCAAAGGGCAUUUCAUCACCUCUUCCAUUCACGAAACUGCAUAUUCAUCAUCCUACACUUGGCCUUAGAAGGGGCUGUUUACAGUGAAUACACUUGGGAGAUAUUUCGCUACUGUUUAGAACUGGAGUUCUCACUAUAUCAUCUUCUCCUGCCAUAUCUGCUGUUGAUUAUAAACCUGUUUUUUUUCUUUUUGAGUUGUACAACCAACCCUGGGAUAAUAACAAAAUCAAAUGAAGCAUCAUUUCUUCAAGUUUAUGAAUAUGACGAGGUGAUCUUCUUGAAAAACAUGAAGUGCCCUACCUGCGACUUGAGGAAACCAGCAAGGUCAAAGCACUGCAGUGUGUGUAAUAGAUGUGUGCAUCGUUUUGAUCAUCACUGUAUUUGGGUGAACAACUGCAUUGGUGCCUUAAAUGCAAGAUACUUUUUAAUCUACCUGUUGACGUUGACUGCGAUGGCUGCAAACAUUGCCAUCAUAACUACAGCAUUUCUAAUCCAUUUGGUGCUCAUAUCGGGUAUGACAUUGGGAACAUAUUUUGAUGACCAUGGACAGGAACAACCUGUUGAUAUUGCCUUUCUUAUACAGUAUCUGUUCUUGACCUUUCCAAGAAUUGUCUUCAUGCUCGGAUUUGUCAUUGUACUUUGUCUCUUACUUGGGGGCUACGUAUGCUUCACUCUAUACCUGGCAGUCACCAAUCAGACCUCCAAUGAGUGGUACAAGUCAAGCAGAGCCAAGUGUCAUCGGUGCCAUAAUUCAGACCCUGUUCAAGACAAAACCAGUGCCUACAAGAACAUUUAUGCCAAGGGUGCUUGGACCAACUUACAGGAAAUUUUUAAGCCAAUUACAGAUUAUGAAAAAAAGAAAUAAGUGUGGAGAAAGUGUUACUGAAUUUAAAAAUACAAAUUUAUUAAUAAAAUUUAAAGUACAAGUUCUUCCCCCCUCCCUCCCAACAGUUACUUUCCUAAUUUCUUCAGUAUAUUUAUUAAAAAGUUCCCAGGGGCUAUGAAAGCACUCCAUCUGCUAACCUUGUUAGCCUUGUUGUUAACCUUGCUGCCUCACUCAUUUUCUGUAAAGUGGGGAUUAUAAUACACUACCUACCUCACAGGGUUGUUGUGAGGAAUGCACUUUGUAAACCUUAAAGUACUAUAGAAAUGUGAGAUUAUUGUCAUUUACAAAUAUUGUGAAAUCCUGGCUAGUUUUCAAGUCUUGAGUAUUUCACAUCCUCUUUCAUAAGUGCCUCUUUUCUCAUCUCACAAGCCCACCACUCUACUUCAGGAUCCGACACUCCUUCCCUAGAUUGUUACAACACCCUUCAUAUCAGACUCCAGUCUGAAACCUUUUCUUCUGCACAGCAGCUGAAAUAAAAAGGUUCAAGCCUGGCUGUAUCAGUUUCUCCUGUUCAAAGGCCUUAAGGGGCUCCCUAUUACCUGUAUGAUAAAGUACACAAACUCUUCA